UUUCAUAGUGCAAAUCGGAGGUUGACAUUAAAAAAUAGGUGCAGUUGGAAAGAAAAUUUGCAGCAGAUUAUUUUAGAAUUGUAGCAAAUAUCUGUUUUUUUUUAAUAAAUAAAGUUUAAAUGAAAGAUAUCAUCGUUAAAAUGUGAUUUGAAUGCGAGGAAUAGCAUAUAAAUCAGCAAUAACGGCAGAAAAGAAAGCACCAACACCAGCAGCGCUAUAUCAGCAGACAACGGAAAGAAAGGUGUCAGUAGAAAGAAUACCUAGAGAAAAGGGCGGAAAGGUGUUGGUGCACGCGAAAAUUUUUUUUUGGCGAGAAACGGAUAGCAGAAAAUAUUUCGGCUUGCCAUAUAUUCUAAUAUAAUCGGGUACUGUAAUAGCAACUUUGUGUGCAAAAAACAAAAACCAAGGCACAAAAAGAAAAUUCUUGGUAAGAGAAGUGUCAGCACAGAUUAACUGAGAUUAUUUUCUCUUUCACACGGAACACCCACUCCUCUUAAGCUGUUAGCCCACCGCAAUCGUAGUAAUUUAUCGGGAUGGCUGCGUUACUACAAGAGUUAGAUAUUUUCGAACUGUGUCCGCUUAUUACCAAUUUAAAUUGCAAAUUAUCAACGGUCAGUGAGUAUGAUGCACGCAAACAAUUGUUAUGUCUCGUCUCGGAGGAAAAUGACAUAGUGCUGCGCUACACCAGCGAAGGUGGGCAGGAAGUGCUGAAAUUAGUUUCCUGGUUUCGUCGCACUAAUCGUGUAAUUCAUGACGUUUGCUUUGAUCCAUCCGGUACUUGGUUAUUAGUGUUAUGUUUCGACAAUACGCUGCACAUUGUACCCGCCCUCGCUGUGGUCGACAAAACUUUCAUGGAGCCAUCGAACUCGACUCACCCGCCGCAACAGCCAUACAGCACAACACAAAUUACCUCAUACAUCAUACCGUUUGUGGGACCACAUGAGUGCCCCAACUCAAAAAGGUGCCCCAAUCAGGCCACCUUCAGUGAAACCAUCUCAAAGCAACCGCCACCUGUUAUACCAACUGCCGCUGCUGCAGAGGACAAAGCAGAUAGCGUAUGCGAUGAGCAGGAAAAGCAUGAAGCUGGAGCUGAAAGUGAGCAGCUAGCCGACACUGAAAAGAUCUCCACAUCACGGGAAAGUAUCGCUCAAGCGUCACAACUGCUCGUAGAAGUUGAGGUGAAUAUAGAGCCAAAACUGCCAGCCAACAUAAAUCUUGAUGCGUAUAGCCAUGAUGUGCCCCCCAGUAUGUUGGCGUCUACAGCGCCACCGAAUGUUGUCGAAGAUAAAACGGGCAAUAGUCAGGUUAUGGCUACAUCGUUUAUGGCCUCGGUUACUUGCCCCUACCCGUUAGCUGUUGUUUGGUGGCAAACUAUAGAUGGUGUCAAUCGCGCUGUUAUCGGCUAUUCCGACGGUUCCAUUUGUUUUGUGGGUUUGAGUCCAAAUUGCCCGUUCGUUGCGAGCACGGCAAUUGAUACCGGCUCUGUGGUGAAGUUGCUCAUCUGCAAGGACAGCACUUUUGAGAGCGUUAUGUUGCUGAUCACCUCAUCGUUAAAACAGCAGUUCAAAUUACUUCUUGAACAGAAAGCCAUCAAAUACAUAUACCCAGGCGAGAUCUCACCCAGCGCGGUACACGGACGCGAUAGUGACUGGCAGAUUGUUAUGCCGCUGAAGACACAAAGCAAUUGCUCUGAUCCAGCAUCGGACAACAGCGCGUUGGAUGAAGACGUUUUCUUAAGAAACGAUGAAAUUCCCAGCACUUCAGCGGCGGCAGCGACGUGUGGUGGUCCAGCGCAGCCUUGCCAUUCACUGCGCCGUUCUGUCAUAAUACCCGGCACGCACACACCUAUGUCGAAAACAGCAAUGCCACCACCACCUCCACCCUAUUCGGUAGCGAUCAAUCGCCACUCGGACACCGCGCCCACAACGAGCACCAACGCUCUAGGUGGCAACAUAGCUCCCGCAACAAAUACUAGCGCAAGCAGCAGUGGCAGCGGCAGCGUGCCCACUACCAUGAGCAUUGGCAAUGGCAACUCAGCGACAGGUAUACGUUUCACACAACAACAGCUGCCCGAAUUGGACGAUGUGAAUGCACGUGCUGGCAUUUUGCCAGCGGCGCGCGCACGUCUCGCCUCAUUGAAGAGCCUGGGCACAAAGAAGCUGAAUGCCAUCAAAAUGCGUCUCUCCGAUAAUCGGCAUAAACUUGAAGAUUAUGUGUCUGAAAAUACUCUUGGCAACUUCGCCAUCAUGGACUCACCAUCGCUGACGCCCGAAGUGUUGAACAACUCCAACGGUUCCUUCUAUACCAUACAGAAUUUGCGCAACACCUAUUUGCUAAGCGCACUACACAGUCACACAAACAAUCUCACCGUGCAUAAUAUUGAUAUUAAUUUGAAACCGUUAUUUCUCUAUAAAAUCCCGAAGAACUGCUAUGAUAUUUUAAUCAGCUCAAAUUUGCUUUACACCAUACAAUAUGUCGAUAUAAAUGCUGGCGAUAAUGCGAAAGAAUGCGCGGACCUAACGAAUGCCGAACGCAAUACGGAGAAGGAGAAUCGCGACACCGAUACCGAGAAGGAAGAAGUCAUCGAUCUAUGCGAAGGCAAUGACACGCUGCUCGCGGAUAUCAAUUCGGCUGGUUCAUUUAGUGCGGACACGAGUGCAACCACCAGCGGACCGUCCACCAGCGACAGCUUAUCGCACUGUAAUGCGAUAAAUGCGGUGGGCGUGAUAAGCAGCGCAAUGGCCACUUUGCGUGCAGGCGAUGAUGAUUGCUUCAACGGCGCUUCACAGCUGACCAUAUUUCGCUUUGAGAAUGAGACUGUGCUGAAUCUCUAUCAAAUGGCAACCUAUCGCUCGAGUGAGCCCAGCGAAAUUAUCACGAAGGAAGAAAAAGCCAAAGCGUUCGAUUUCAAGGAUAUACGCUCACCCAUGGAUUAUGUGCAGUUCUAUGAGCAUGCCGACGUGAAGGAGGAGUACUCGCUACGUCAAAUGGAAAUUAUGAAGCAUGAGUUUCCAAAAAUUAAUUACGAUCCCUGCUACGUGGUUACCAACAAGAAUGUAUACUACAUACAAUUAAAGAAGGAGCCGUUCGCCAUCUUCCUAGAUUCUGCGCUGGCGGGUGAAUGGAAACAAUGUCGUGAAUUCUGCAACACCUUUGAUCUCACCUACGAGGCGUGCAUAGAGUUUGCCGGUGAUUAUCUGCUGCGUCGCAAGCGCGUCACACAAGCCCUGGUCACGUACAACUCGGCGCGCAUCAAACCCAUACGCACCGCGCUCAAAUUGGCCAUGUUCGGACAGACAUGUGCGCUUAUGCAUCUCUGUGCCAUGGCGCUGAAGACGACCUACUUGCUGAAGUCGAGAUAUUUCAGCAGUCCCAUAAUUAAAACGUUACUUAAAGAUAUUACAUAUCGUCAUUCGGAAGAUGUGCGCAUAAUACUUCCGCUGACGGCCGCUAAAAAUUCAGAUGUGUUGAUAAAUGAGGGCAUAUCGGCCAGUGACUAUAACUAUGGCUUGGAUGACUCGCUUAGCAAUCUACAAAUGUCGCCAUCGUCCCAAUUUCAUUUGGCCAAUUUGUUGUUGAUAUCUUUAGCGGAGCGUGCGGUGAAUGAUAAGAACUAUUUGCCGCUGUGGAAUUUCCUUGUGACCAAUACGAAAUAUCACACCAAUAUGACAAGCAUUGUGCUGUGUCAGAGCGGUCUCUUCUCGUCGGCGUUGGUUUUGGCGAAGACGCGUGGUGUUUGUAUUGACACAUUUUUGGCGCUGACCAGCGUUGUGGGACAGGAAUUCGGUAAAUAUCGUAAAGACUCUUUGCAAGAAAGGAACAAUAACUGUUUUACGUUAGGCUGGUACACAGAGAUGAAUGUGUGUUUGUAUAAUUUGAGUGAACCAAUUUUCGCCGAGACGAUCACCUAUUUGCCGCAAGUCGCUGUGGACUAUUUUGGUUUCAUACAGGAUAAACUACCUAAUAUAAGGCACUGCGUACUUGAGCGCUUGGAACAUCAAUUGAAUCCUUUCUCCGCCGUACUGCGUCCAAUGGUGUCGCACACUUCCUCCGGCCACGUGGAGCACAAUAUAAACGACAAUAAAACGUUUUUAUUUGAUUUUUGUAAAAAUCUCAUCGAAACAUAUUUAGCUGUACUCAUACACAUGGAAUCUCAACGCUCCAAGAGCGAACACAUAACGAACGCAUUGUCGACGUUCCGCAUCACUUACGAAGACAAUCAGUUUGCAAUCGAAACAUCACGCUUUAAACCCAUCUCAGCCGGUUGUGCGCACUGUGCUUGCGUUGUGGACGGUGUUGCCUACUUUUGGGGUUCUAAUGGAGUGCCUUGCAAUUAUAGCGUUAACAAGUCUUCCGAUCCACCAGAGCCGCCACACGCCGUUAAGAGCUUGGACCUACUAUCACAAUUGAAUCUGGAGGUGCAUACCGUGAAGUGCGGCCGCCAGCAUACGCUAGUGUUAACGAACAACGGGUUGUAUGCGUUUGGCAACAAUAAUCUGCUCCAGCUGGGCAUUGGGCGCGACAUGCAAGUCUCGCUGCAGCCAAUGAUGUUACGUGCUUUCGAUGGCAAGAACAUAACGAUCAUCGAAGCGGGUCAAUAUCACAACGCUGCAGUUGCGGAUGGGCUCUUGUACACCUGGGGUUGGGGCAUUUACGGGCAACUUGGGCAUGGCAAUUGCGAGAAUGUGGCCGAACCGAAAAUAGUUGCAUUCUUCAAAACGAAAAAAGUACUCCAAGUAUCCUUGGGGCAUGCGCACAGCGUGGUGCUCUGUCAGACGGCCAACAAUCCGAACGCCACCGAAUUAUAUGUGUUUGGUUCCAAUCAUUUUGGUCAGUUGGGUAUUGGCUCUGGUCCUAGCGGUGUGGAAGGACAGAGCAACACUUCGGCUGAUGACGAAAUGCAUUGCGCUAGUCAAGUGAAGAGUUUAGUGCCCAUUAAACUGUUCGUGUGCGACGAAAGAAUAAGACUGAUACAUACCAAAUUUUUUUCAAACUUAGCUGUCGAUGAGAAUGGACGCAUGUACACGUGGGGUUCCUCACCGCAAGCGCUGCGCUUAGCCAAUCAGAUCAAGCGACGUGCAAAUGCGAAACAAAAAAUGGAGGAACACCAACGUCGUGAAAUGAGCAAGCAGUUCGAGGCUACAUUGCCCAGUGAGAAUGCAAGCGCACCUUGCGCGGCACCGUCCACGUCCAAAAGUGCAUAUGCCGAGGCGCCAAAAUCUAUGGUCGCUGAGGUCGCCAGCAGCAUACUUACGGAUAUAGUGGACGAAAACGUAACGUCAAGCGCCAGCAACACUGAUAAUACUCGGGAGACUGAUGCGGCGUCAGAAUCGACUACAGACAGCGCCUUUAAAGAACCUGAACUCAUUAAAGUUUUAGCCACCACAGUGACGGCCGAGCAGGAGGAGGUUGACGAACUGAAAGACGAAAACGUGAAGGAAAUAAUUGUUGAAGGCAUUGCCCACGCCGAAACCGAGAUAACCAUACAGUUGGUGAACGAAGUGGUGGAAGAGUUUGUCGAGGAAGUUAAGCCAAUGGUCGCACAACCGCUCAAAUCAUUAAACCCUUUGAAACCAGCGACCGAAGAGUUAGCGGCAAAGCACACUGACACACCAGCGCCAACAAUAGCUAUCACGGCGCCGCCUCCAACGUCAACGUCAACAGCAACAGCAACAAAUGUCACCACCGAGGGCGAUCCAUGUGAGCACAUGACUCCGCAUUUGGUGGACACCACCGAGGUAGCCGGUCAAAUUUUGCAGAUCUCAAGCGGACUCUUCCAUUUUGCCUUGAUCUCGUCUACUUGCACCCUGUACACUUGGGGCAAAAAUUUGGAGCACCAACUGGGUACUGGCGAUAAGGAGCGACGUGCCGUCAGCAAACCCUCACCCGUCGAUUGUGUCGACCGUCCCAUGUAUGUGGAUUGUGGCGCAGAUUUCACGCUCGUCAUGACCACAGAGUUUAUGGUCAAAGCGUUUGGUGGCAACUCGAAUGGACAGUGCGGUCGCGAUCUCGGACCUUCCAUCGACAAGAUGAAACAACGUGUGGUCUGUUUGCCCACCACCAAGCGACUUAUGCGCUUUGAAAGUCAGUGUGUUGAUGUGCCGGUGGAAAUCAAUUUGCCACGCCCACGCAUACGUUUGGAAUCCGAACCAGUGCGCUAUUUGAAGAGCAUACCAAAAUACCAACCACAAUUCAUGCUAGAGGCCGGCAUAAAUUUCGACAAUGCGCUUAACUUUGAACGUCCCUCACCGUCGAAUCAGUACAAGUCGACAACGCAAGCGGACAGUAGCGAAAAUGUGGUCACCGGCCAAGACUCAGACGAUAUGAUCUCAAGUUUAGAGAAUUUAAGUAACAAUGAAGCGAACGAUGGUUGUUCGCUGAACUUCUCAUUGCUGCCCUCCUCAGGUGCAGCGGGCGCGCUACCACUUGCCGCGGCUACUGCGGAUGAUGCGCAACACAGCGCUGCUGUGGAUGAUUUAACACCCGAUGAGCAGAGUUACGCGCGCCUGCCCGUCACCGAAAAUUCCGAUGCCAGCGGUGUUUGUGUGGCCGGUCAGCAGAGUGCCGAGCAAUGUCCGCUGGUUGCAACGGCAAAGCACGAUGCGAACGACGACGCACAGACACCAACACAAGCGGCCGGCUCACAGAGUACGCUCACUUCGAAUGCGCCCGUGGAGGCUGAGGAGACUGUAGAGGAUGAUGUGAAUCUGCAACAGUUGCGACAGUACAUACACUAUUGCCUCUAUGUAUUUCACGGUCUCUACAACCCAGACAGGGUGUGCGACUUCUCUAAGGAACGUCUGGAGUAUCGUAUACGCACGCUUAUGUUGAAUUUCAAAUUCGUCGAUGCUUUCGUAUUGUGUUUGCAGAAUUGCAAUAGUUCCGGCAAGGCGAUGAAAAUCUUCGCUUACUUCUCCAAAGACACCGGCUCCGUGCCGCUGCGUCGCCAGGACGUGAAAUACUUAAUUUACUAUUUGUUGAAACACUUCAUGGCGCAGAAGUUCGACAUGCUCGAGUGUGAGCGUUUCUUUUUGGGCGAUCUCGAUUAUUAUUUGCUUGAGUUGUCGUAUGUACUGUUCUUCAACAACAACAACACCAUGCUGGAGCGUAACUUAAAUGAGAAAUUCAAGAGCUACUUUGCGCAGGAGGAGUCGCAACUAAAUCAAAAUCAAAACGACGAUGAGCAGGUGCAACACAAGCUGGACGACACGGAUGUGAUAUUCGAUAGCCUAAGUGUUAAGUUCAAAACAAUAGUUUGCCAGAGGCUGAUGCAGCACUGCAACAAUUAGUUGCUGGUGCUUAGCACCAUUAGUUUAACUUGUUUUUAAUUUAUUGAUUCGUGAUAUGAGUUGUUUAUUUUAUUUUAUUAUGCUUAUUUU